AUGAAUCUCUAUCAACUCUGGCGUCGAACGCCUGUACUGGUAUCUCUAAGGAAAUCUCGACGACAAAUGCUUGAUAGUAGUAAGCCAUUCAUUUCUGGGGUGUCAGAUGAGAAAAGAGAGGCGUCUGGAGAAAAGGAUACGCCGUCUGACGAAGAGGAGAAUCCAUCUAAAGAGAAAGAAGAUGAGUUGGAAAAAGAGUCUAAAGAAAGAGAAGAAGCAUCCGAAGAAAGGGACGACCCAAUUUCGACCUCGAACAACCACUCAACAUCUAGUGUUGAGUCUGACAGAAAGGAUAAAACGGUUUCUACCAUCAGUCCAGCAUCUACAGUACCAGACAAGACAUCAACAACAUUAGCUUUCGCCCCAAAACCAACGUCACAAGGCCUUAAUCCUGAUACUGCUACUACUUUUGAGAGUAGAAGCACGACUUUUGCUACCACAGCCACGACUCGACCUCCAGCCGCGACUACCGUUGUAGUGCAACUACAACCAUCUCCCACCCAGCCAGAUGUAUAUGGGGCACCACAUAAUUUACAUCAUGACAAGACAUUGAUGGGCCCUGGUGCUGAAGCAGCAGCCAUAACCUUGAGUAUCCUCGGCGCGGUAUCUCUCAUAAUCCUAGCUUUCAUUUACUUUCGACAGCGUAAGCGCCGACAGGACGAUCAGAACCCAGUGAGAGAUUUCAGCAAGACCAAUCAUCUUCGAGCCCCCGAUUCAGCAUACAUCAAAACGAACACCAUAUCCGACCGCGUUGAUCAUUAUUUCUCACGCAGUGCGCUCUUCGAUGCAGCCUCCUACUCACGUCCUAAGACCUUGUCUACUAUCCACGGCACUUCCAAGACUCGUAUACCACCUCACAUUCCUGCACCCAACCCAUUUGUCGACCCGCCGCGCAAUAAAGCAUUUGACGUACUUGCGGGCAGGCCGCGGUCUACAACUUUGACGGAUCGGGAAAGUUGGAUUGAGAACCCAUUCAAGAAUCCCGCCAGUGACAGAUUUGAUCCGUUUGGGGAGUUGCAGCAGAAAGCGAGAAAAGAGAGGGUACGGUAUAUGGAACAAAUCAGGAUGGAAGCGGAGGCACAGAAAAAGAAACAGAUGGAAUUAGGAAGAGGUAACGAUAGGAUGGGGAGUGAGGUGACGGUGGAAGGCAUAGGGAUUCUGGAUCGCAGUGGCAAUGGUGCAUAUGUAUGA